UGUGAUUCUGAUCAUGGCCAUUUCCAAAGCGUUUGAACUGGAAUUAGUUGCUGGGUUGGGCCACCGUGAACUUGCAAGGAGAGAGCCGCCCUUAAGCGAUGCCAGCAUUCGUCACCGGUCUUCCCAGUUUGUGCCGACCUUAGGCAUCCAGGAUAGUAAGGAGUUAAACAGAACUUGCUGUCUGAAUGGGGGCACCUGCAUGCUGGGGUCCUUCUGUGCCUGCCCACCGUCCUUCUAUGGCCGCAACUGUGAGCAUGAUUCCCGGAAAGAGAACUGUGAGUCAGUGCCCCACGACACCUGGCUGCCCAAGAGAUGCUCCAUGUGUAAAUGCUGGCGUGGCCGGCUUCACUGCUUCCGACAGACAUUCCUACCGGGCUGUGAUGGCCAUGUGUUGGAGGAGCACAUCCUGGUCUCCAGGACUCCAGAAUUAACACUGUCUUUGGGCACCACUUUCUCACUGGCUGGCAUCUGCCUCACUCUACAAAGUUACUGUUAA